AUGACCACCACCACCACUAUGGACACCACCAAGAACCGCAUCAUCAACCACCUGUACACGCUCUUCGUGGUCGGCGUACCCCUCGGGAUGUGGUUCAACGGCAACCGCUGGUGGGCCGUUGCCCUCGCCCUCGCCAUUGGCGCCGUCGAGUGGCAUGCUGCGCACAAGACUGCCGGCGCGAAGGCCGAGGCCAACUUCGCCGCUGGUGCUGCUGCCGUUGUGGUUGAGACGGAGUCGGAGACGGACACCGACGAUGAAUUGAUCAAGCGCAACCCAGAUUCCGCCAUCCUGGUCGUCGUGUACGCCCCGCUCGCGUGGACGGUCCUGCACACGGCAUACGACGUGUCGUCCGCUCCAAGCGUGCCGUGGCUCCGCGUAGCGUACAACAUCGGGUGGUGCGCUGCGGUCCUGUACUCCCUCUUGACGGCCAACUCGCGCGCGAGCGACGCAGACGCGCACGCGACGUACUUCCACGAGAAGCUCAACAGCCUGCGCAAGGCCACACACGACGACGUGGCCGAGAUCAACAAGCUCCGCAACAACGCCCUCAAGGCGGAGGGCAAGGCGGCGACCGACGCGGUCGUGAUCGCCAAGCUGCGCGCCGACGCGGCCAAGCCGCACCCCGACACGUGGGUCGCCGCGCGCCUGCGCGAGGAGCUCCUCUCCGCGCAGAAGAAGGAGGCCGCGGACCGGAACCACCUCAGCGACGUGCAGCGCAAGGCGCGCGAGCAGGCGAACAAGGUCUACGCGGAGCACGUGGCCGCGGCCGCCAAGCUGCGCACUGCGAUGCAGGCCGCGAACGCCAAGGCCGAGGAGCGCUGGCGCAAGGUCAAGGAGCUCGAAGGCGCCGCUGCCAACACGGCCGCGGCGCGCGCCGAGGCCGACGCUGCCGCUUUGCAGCGCCUCGCGGCGGCCGAGCUCGCCUGCGACGCGCGGCACAAGGACGACGCGUACGCCAUCGACAAGGCGUACUACGCUGCCGGUGCCACGCGCGCAGCAGCGCAGGCCAAGGCGGACGCGGACGCGCGCGAGAUCGCUGCGCUCGUCGACGCCGUCGCGGAGCUGCGCACGGCCAGCUGGGUGUCCGAGACGCAGGCGACGGCGGACGCGGACAAGAUUGCCGAGCUGCGCCAGCAGCUCGAGGCCAACGGCGAGCGCGACGCGCGCAACCGUAACCGCGCCCAGCGGCUGCUCGGGCAGCUGUGGCAUGGGGCCAACGCCGCAGGCGACGUGGGCACGCUGCGCGUCCUCCAGCAGCUGGGCGCCAUCAUCGCCAGCACGGGAGCGGCGCAGCCGCACCCUGGCCCCACGUGCCACCCACACACACCCGCCCACACCCGCGCGCCGAGCCCCGUCCUCCGCCCCGCGAAGACCACGUCCCCGCAGCCCACUGCCGCGGAGAUGGAGCGCCGGCGCGCGCAGUAUGCCGCGCUCGGGGUCGUCGUUGGCCGCGAGAUGGCAAAAGUUGGGGCCGUCGGCACCACCGCUGCGGCGGCUUCGGAGAAGGCGACGGCCCCACUUGUCCGUGUGCCCGAAGCGGCGCCUGAGGAGGGGGAGAUGGAGGAGGAGGAGCACAAGGAAGAGGAGGUCAGCGGUUACAGCAUCUAG